AUGGCACAGCAGCACCAGCACCCCAUCCCGCGCAAAUUAUGGGAACAUCCCCACAAAGAGACGACCGACAUGUGGAAGUUCAAGAUCAGCCUGGAAAAGCGCCUGGGACGGACCUUCGCCAACUACGACGCCUUGUACAACUUCUCGGUGACGCAGCGGUCGACCUUCUGGCGCUUCGUCUUCGAUUACUUCCCCAUCGUGUACCGUGGGGAUGUGCCGGACGUGGUCGUCGACGAGUCCGCCCGGAUGGACAGUAUCCCGCGGUGGUUCACAGGGGUGCGGAUGAAUUUUGCAGAAAACAUUCUUUUCUCAGGAGAUUUGGCCACGGGGAAACCGAUCGUGGAUGCCGCAAAGGCGGACGAUAAGAUCGCUGUCACGGAGGUGCGGGAGGGGGCGUUUCUCGAGCCCAUCAGGCAUGUCACUUGGAGGGAGCUGCGGCAGAGGGUGGGACGGUUGAGUAAUGCGAUGAGAGCGUGGGGUGUCAAGAAGGGCGACCGCGUGGCCUUGGUGGCGAGUACGUGCUUGGAUACGCUCGUCGUGUUCCUUGCGACGACGACGCUCGGGGCGCUGUUCAGCUCCAGUUCGACGGAUAUGGGUGUCAAGGGCAUCUUGGAUCGACUUACGCAGAUCAAGCCCACGUGGCUAUUUAUGGACGAUUGGGCCGUGUAUAAUGGCAAGAAGAUCGAUCUGAGGGGCAAGAUGAAGGACAUCAUGGCCGGCAUGGACAGUGUGGAGGAGUUUCAGGGCAUCGUGAGCCAGGUGAGGUUUAAAGGCCAGCCGGCAGAUAUCAGUGCCGUCCCGAGGGCGAGGACGUGGGACGAGUUCAUUUCCAAGGCCAAGACCGAUGAGCUGGUAUUUGAAGAUACCGACUUUUCAGAUCCCUUCUUGGUGGUCUACUCGAGUGGCACCACCGGGCAGCCGAAAUGUAUCGUGCACGCCAUUGGAGGCGUCGUCGUGUCAGGCCACAAGGAGUACCGGCUUCAUCGGCGCAUUAAUGCUGAGUCGAGUCAAUUGCAGUACACCACCACGGGUUGGAUCAUGUACCUGGCCAGUGUGCAGGCUCUGAUCACGGGUUGUCGAAUGGUCAUCUAUGAUGGAUCACCCUUUGUGCCGAAUCUGACGAAUCUGAUCAAACUGGUCGGGCAAGAGAAGGUCACGCAUCUGGGCAUCAGUCCGCGGUACUUACAGACGUUGCAGUCAGGCGGCGUGAUUCCGAAGAACGUGGCUGAUUUGAGCGGGUUGAAGGUGAUCAGCAGCACGGGGAUGGUACUGUCAGAUCAGUUAUUCGAGUGGGUUUACGAUGAAGGAUUUCCUCCUUCCGUACAGCUCGACAACAUCUCGGGCGGGACGGAUCUUGCAGCCUGCUUUGGGACGGGCAACCCCAUCCUGCCGCUCUAUGUGGGUGGAUGCCAAUGUCUGUCGCUCGGUGUGCCCGUCAAGGUGUACGAUCAGACGGUCGAGGAUCGAUACAAGGCUGUUGAGGUCGAGGAGGGCGUUCCGGGAGAGUUGGUCGCGUACCAAGCGUUCCCCACGAUGCCACUCACAUUCUUGGGUGCGAAUGGUCCGCAAAGGUACUUUGACAGCUAUUUCGCACGGUUUGACAAUGUUUGGACGCAUGGCGACUUCAUCAUGAUUCAUCCAGUCACCAAGCAGGUAUUUUUCCUUGGCCGAGCGGACGGUGUCUUGAAUCCCAGUGGUGUGCGAUUCGGAUCUGCCGAGAUAUACAGCAUCAUCGAGGCCAAGUUUGCGGACCGGAUCAGUGAUAGUAUUUGUGUGGGACAGAGAAGACCGCAGGAUCAGGACGAGAGGGUGAUUUUGUUCUUGCUUAUGAAGCCAGGACAUCAAUUUACGCCGCAGCUUGUGAGGGAGGUAAAGGAGGCCAUCAGAAAGGCCACGAGCCCCAGGCAUGUGCCGAAGUUUGUGUUUGAGACGAAGGAGAUACCGACCACUGUCAACUUGAAGAAGGUCGAGCUACCCGUGAAACAGAUCGUUUCCGGCAAAGUCAUCAAACCUUCGGGGACUCUGCUCAAUCCCGGGAGCUUAGACUACUAUUAUCAGUUCGCAAAGGACGAGAAUCUGGUGGACCUGGCUGAACAAAAGGCGAAACUGUAG